AUGAACCCCGAGACGGGAAAACCCAAGGGCUAUGGAUUCGCCGACUUCGCCGACGCAGACGCUGCGGCCUCGGCGGUGCGAAAUCUGAAUGACUACGAGAUUAUGGGGAGAAAGAUUCGCGUGGACUGGCCGCAUAACAACGAGAAGGAUUCCAUACCGGAAGACUAUUCACAGCAAACUACCGAUGGCCAACAGCAAUCGAGCACUUCUCUUCCUCCCCUGCCCCCCGGAGUGGAAGUGCCGCCGCAUCUCGACUGUCCGAAUGCCAUCUCCCAGACGCUCGCUCAGCUUCCUCCGAAUCAGCUUCUUGAUGUGCUCACGCAGAUGAAGCAGUUGGCGGUGGCGGAUCCAGCACGAGCGACGGAGCUGCUGCGGCAGGCACCGCAGCUUGCAUACGCAAUCUUCCAAGCGCUGCUGCUGAUGAAUCUGGUGGAUUAUAGCACUCUUGGAUCUGUCGUCGAACAAGCAGCCCAGCCAGCAGCUACACAACCACAACCCGCUGCCAGCCAACCUUUCCAGCCGUACGGUGUUCCUGGCCAAGUAUCGACUCCCCCGGUCCACAGCGCGCCUUUUGCGCCACCUCAAGGUGGUGCCCAGGCACCGCAGCAACAGAUUCCAGGGCAAGAGGAACUGUUGCAGCAGGUCAUGAACAUGUCUCAAUCGACGAUCGAUGCACUUCCACCGUUAGAGCGGAGUCAGAUCAUGCUACUACGGCAGCAGUUGAUGCAGAGUGGGAUGAGACCCAGUUGA